AUGGCGACUCAACCAAAAGUACAACCCGAAGUGGUGGAGCUAGCGACCGUAACAGUGUCCUCAAGGAUUCCUGAUUUUUGGCGUGAUCAGCCGCGGCUGUGGUUCGUACAAUGCGAAGCAGUGCUGAGUCCUCAAAAAUUAAGCGACGAAGCGAGGUUCAACAUGGUCGUCACUAAGCUCGGCAAAGAAGUUGUGCAGCAAGUUAGCGACAUUUUGUUGAAACCACCGGAAACGAAGAAAUUCGAAACUCUGAAGGCGCGGUUGUUAACCGUUUAUGAAGAAUCAGAAAUGCGGCAAUUCCAAAAACUGCUGAGUGAGAUGGAGUUAGGCGACCAAAAGCCUUCACAGCUUUUGCGUCGAAUGAGAGAUCUUGCACGCGAGAAAAUACCUGACGAGACUCUUUCUAUUAUGUGGCAAGGACACCUACCUUCACCAGUGAGAGCCGUGCUGGCAGUUACAGAAGCGAAAAAUUUGGAGACUCUCGCCGCGAUAGCUGACAAAGUGAUGGAGACCUCGAAACCAUUUCAAGCGAUCGCAAUCAGCAUCUCGUUCGCGUCAUAUGAAUCGCCGGACACCUGA